UAAGAAUUAAAAAAAAAAAUAAGAGCUCGAGUGGCGACUAGAAGUUCAAGUGAUUUGUGACUAAAACAAAAGUGACAAAAAAAUAAUACCACCCACCCCACGAGACAUAAUAAUAUGAUCCAAGAGUGAUUCAAAGAAAGGGCUUUAAACUAACAAAAAAUAUCCAAAAUGUAUGUGGCAAAUACCACGGGCGGCCUAAUGCUGCAGACCAUGUUGUAUUUGGCUAAUCGGACCAGUCGGGCGACACUCAACACCUUGGUGGACCUGCCACCGGCAACCAAAAGUGACAUUAACGAGGUCAAGUGCUUUGGCGUCUACGGCUGUUUUCCCAUCAAUGGACCCUGGAAUACGGUGACCCGAACCAUUGGCGUGCAUCCCCAGAAACCCUCGGAAAUAGAGCCCCAUUUCACGUUGCACACGCGGAAGGAACUGGAUCAGCCACUGUACUUGGAUCUCAAUGAUCCGGAUGGUAUCCAAGGCAUGGGCGUGGAUCCGCAUGGCAAGAUCUUCCUUCUUGUUCAUGGGUAUCUGGAGUCGGGUGAGAUACCAUGGAUGUUGGACCUGGCUAAAGCUCUACUGCAUCAUGAGCCGCAGGGCAAGGCGGCGGUGGUGCUGAUAGAUUGGGGUGGUGGUGCCAGUCCUCCGUAUGUCCAGGCUGUGGCGAAUAUCCGGUUGGUGGGUGCCAUUACCGCCCAUGUGGUGCACAUGCUCUACGAGGAGCUGAAGCUGCCCAAUCUCUCAAAAGUCCACAUCAUUGGCCACUCCCUGGGCGCCCAUUUGUCCGGCUAUGCGGGCUACCAUCUCCAGCGGGACUUUGGCUUGAAGAUGAACAGGAUUACUGGACUGGAUCCGGCUGCUCCCCUCUUCACGGAUACGGAUCCCAUUGUCCGUCUGGAUCCCACAGAUGCCCAUUUCGUGGAUAUUGUCCACACGGAUGCAAAUCCUCUGAUGAAAGGCGGUCUGGGCAUCAAUAUGCGUCUGGGGCAUGUGGACUUCUUUCCCAAUGGGGGCUUCGAUAAUCCGGGCUGCAACAAGAAGUUCCAGGACGUGGUCAAGAGCAAUCGGAAGGCCACUCUCUUCCUGACCAUGCAGGAGUUCCUCGGCUGCAACCACAUCCGCAGUGAGCAGUACUUCACGGAGAGCAUCGGCUCCAAGUGCCCUUUCCUGGGCAUCACCUGUGACUCCUUUGAGAGCUUCAAGGACCACAAAUGCAUCAGCUGCGAGGAACCGGGACACACCUGCCUGCGCAUGGGCUAUCACAGCCAGGAGGACUACCAGGAGCAGGUGAAUCUCGGCCACAUCAAGCAGGGCGACUCCCCCGGAGUCUUCUAUCUGUGGACCGGGGACAGGAAGCCCUUCUGCCGGCUGCACUACCGGAUCACGGUGCGAAUGUCCGCCCACGAUGAGAGCACGCUGCACGGCGGAGAGGUGGGCAUCCUGUCCGUCCGGGUGCACGAUGGGAAGACUAUGCACAAGAAGAAGCGAGCCUCCACGGAGCUGAUGAAGUUCUCGACAAAGUCCAUGUACUUUGAGCCGGGCUACGAGUACAAGGCCGUGGUGGCCGGGCGGGAUCUCGAGAAUCCGGAAUACGCCACCGUACACUGGGAGUAUCCGACCAGCAUUCUCAAUCCGCUUACCUGGCGCAUCCUGUCUUCGCCCAGGAUCUAUCUGGAGUAUAUCCUGAUCGAGGUGAUGGAGUCCACGGAUCUGUACCUCAAGCUGUGUCCCCAGAACGAGGGCGCCAUCCUAUCCGGUGCCGAGAAUGUCCUGCGCUCCGAGUUCUGCAAGGAUUAAGGAUUAAGGUCUCCAUCCCCCAUUAUGAAUAAUCCCCCCAUCUGCUUGGAACACUUUUUUCAAAACUCGCGGGCCAAAAGAGUAAGUCCCAUCAUCAGAAUAUGGUUGCAAACCAGAAUAAAGACAUGGAGGUAAAGCCAAGACAUCCACCACACAGCGCUGUGUGUCUCGGCUUUGGGAUCAGUUUAGGCUGCUAUAAAAAAAGUGUUCCCAGGAGUACAGCUUGUAUUUUAUUAUAGUAUUGUUUAUAGUUUGCUGAAGAAGAAAUGCCUAAAAUUGUCAUUUAUUUGUAAUUUAUUUCAUUUUUUUUAAUUAUGAUUAGCAAUUAUGGUUAUUAUGUUUUUUUUUUUUGAAUAUAUAAAAUGUAGUUAUAUUACAUUGAUGUAGACUAAUUUAAUUUAAAUAAAAUGCAAUUAUAAAAA